UCUCACAUAACUGAUAACCGGACUAGAGAAGACGAAGCGACGGAGAAGAGAGAUGGUUGUGGAUCUUGGGGAGUUCGGGGAGGAAGUUUUUGAUCCGAAGCGAUGGAUCAACGAGGCGUUGGAGUCGCGCCACCCUCAGGAUCCUCUCGAUCGCUUCCUCUCCGACCUCGAGGAGAACCUCCGCGCCUCCGCCGACAAGAUCGCCGACGCCCUCGACCGCGAAAGCGCUGACGCCCUUCGCCGAGUCCCUCUCGCUUGUCGCGACAUCCUCCGCCUCCGGGAUGACGCCCUCUCCGUCCGCUCCCUCGUCUCAUCCAUCCUCUUCGCCCUCAACAAGGCGGAGGGUACUUCUGCCGAGUCUAUAGCCGCCAUUGCUAAAAUUGACAUUGUCAAACAGCGGAUGGAAGCAGCAUACGAGACACUGCAGGAUGCCGCUGGCUUGACCCAAUUAAGUGCGAGUGUGGAGGAUGUUUUUGCAAGUGGGGAUCUUCAGCAGGCUGCAGAAACCUUGGCCAAUAUGAGGCAUUGCUUAUCAGCUGUUGGUGAGGUUGCAGAAUUUGCAAAUGUGAGAAAACAGCUUGAAGUGUUGGAAGAUAGGUUAGAAGAAAUGGUUCAACCACGAAUAUCUGAUGCUCUUCAAAAUCGCAAGGUUGAAGAUGUUCAAGAUUUGCGACGAAUACUUGUUCGUAUUGGAAGAUUCAAAUCUUUGGAAUUGCAGUAUAUUAAAAUAGGAAUCAGGCCCUUGAGAAAACUUUGGGAAGGCUUUGAAUCAAGACAGCAAGUUAACAAACUUGAAUUGGAAAAACACCGUGAUCAAACUAACUCUAUUUCUUUCUCUAGCUGGUUGCCAAGUUUCUAUGAUGAGGUUCUACUAUAUCUUGAACAAGAGUGGAAGUGGUGCAUGAAUGCCUUACCUGAUGAUUACAUAUCUCUUGUUCCGAAACUGUUAAUGGAGACCAUGUCUGAUCUUGGUGCGAGUUUUGUGUCUCGUGUCAAUGUUGCAACUGGAGAUGUUGUUCCUGAAACAAGAUCAUUAAACAAAGGUAUAAUAGAUAUCCUUUCUGGGGACAUGCCAAAGGGCACCAAAGUUCUACACAAGCAUCUUGAGUCUCUUAUUGAACUACACAACAUGACGGGAGUUUUUGCAAGGAAUGUUCAGCAUUUAUUUUCUGAAUCUGAUGUUCAAGUUCUAGUGAGAACUCUGAAGGCUGUUUAUUCUCCUUACGAAACCUUUAAGCUGAAGUAUGGUAAGAUGGAGCGUGCUAUUCUUUCUAAUGAGAUUUCUCGGUUAGACAUUCGUGGUGCUGUUGCACGAGGUCUGGGCGCACAAGGUAUAGAACUCAGUGAAACUGUCCGAAGGAUGGAGGAAUCUAUUCCACAAGUUAUUAUGUUUCUUGAAGCUGCUGUUGAACGAUGCAUUAAUUUCACUGGUGGUUCUGAGGUCCAUGAGCUUAUUUUGGUGCUUGAUGACAUAAUGUUGCAAUAUCUUUCAAACCUCCAAGAUACACUAAAAUCUGUGCGAUCCAUAUAUGGGGUUGAUAAUAUUUCACAAAGUGAUCAAAAGAAGGAAGGAGCAGCACACAUUGCCGAUAUGGUCUCUGAGGAGGAGGAAUGGUCUAUUGUUCAAGGAGCUUUGCAGAUUCUUACAGUUGCUGACUGUCUAACUAGUCGUACAUCUGUUUUUGAAGCUUCAUUACGAGCAACUCUGGCUAGAAUUGGCACAACUCUAUCAAUUUCUGUACCUGGGUUAAGUUCAGACCAAUCUAAUGAAGCUAAUGGUGAACAGAAUGAAAUGGGUGUUGCUAAAAGGGCAGGUUUUGAUGUUGGCACUCUGCGUCUUGCAGAUGCACCUGAUAAAGCCAGGAAGCUUUCGUAUCUCCUUGAGCAGUCCAAAGAUCCACGAUUUCAUUCCCUUCCUAUGACAUCCCAAAGGGUUGCAGCAUUUUCUGAUACAGUUAAUGAGCUUGUUUAUGAUGUUCUUAUUUCUAAAGUUCAUCAAUGUCUAAGUGAUGUGUCUCGGCUGCCAAUUUGGUCGUUAGUGGAGGAGCAAAGUUCCCGUCCACUCCCAAGCUUUAGUGCAUACCCACAGGCCUACAUCACUAGUGUUGGAGAAUAUCUUCUUACUUUACCGCAGCAGUUGGAACCACUAGCUGAAGGUAUCUCUACCAGUGAGUCUAGAACUGAGGAAGCUCAAUUUUUUGCCACUGAAUGGAUGUUUAAGGUGGCUGAGGGUGCAACUGCCCUUUUCAUGGAGCAACUAAGAGGAAUUCAGCACAUCACUGAUAGAGGUGCUCAACAGCUAUCAGCUGAUAUCGAGUACUUGAACAACGUCCUCUCUGCACUCUCCAUGACCAUCCCCCCAUUCUUGAACACAUUCCACGUCUGCAUCUCAACCCCAAGAGACCAGCUUCCUGAUCUCAUCAAAUCAGACAGUGGGAACCAGCUCGAUAUCCCCACAGUUCAUCUUGUGUGCAAGAUCCGUCGCAUAUCCUUAGACCAAUGAUUUUGAGUAAUCCACAUUGCUAUGAAAGAACCUGUCCAUUCUUACAUAUUAUGCUUGAACCUGGGUUACGAAAGUUUUUUUUUGGCCGCUGCUGUUACUUUUUCCCAUCAAAUUUUAGACAACUUUGAUUUUCUCUAGCUUAUUAGGGCCAAUAUGUAUUCAUCUUGUUUUACUUCCACUAACCUACAUGACUCAGAUAUCA